CCGCUGUCUCCAAGCCCGAACAUAAUCUUAUUACUUUACUUCCCGGUUUCGCCCUUCGCCGCGCGACCCUCACCCCACGAUCGCCGCACACAUUAAUACACCCGGUCGCCGCUGUAAGAAGAGGUUUGCACCACUGUGAACCGGUUUAAUGGCCCCAAUUUCAGAACCCUCACACACUUUCCAGAAGCUCAAACUCGACACUUCGACGCCCCACAAACCCGUCGCCUCGACCUUUGCAUCUUUCGCGCCUCUAGCCCGUAAACAGUCCCCGCACAACCACCAUGGCCAGUCCCAGCUAACCGCCGGAUUUGCUGCUGCAGAACCGCUGAACAUCUCGCGCGGUCCCUACAACAAACGUGACCACCAUGGCGCCCACUCGCGCACUGAGUCCGACGAUGAGGGGUCCCUCGCAGUGGGCAGCAGCGGAAGCGACGAGGACUUCGUAGCCAAAUUCAGGCAACGCAAGACGAGCAUUAGUUUCAACAAUGAGGUUCGGCUCGAUACGGGAGAGGGCGUUGGCCUAGGGGUGCCCGUGCCCAAGUCUUCACGGCAGUCGCAUUCACGCACGACCGAGAGCGGAAGCUACUCAGAUGGCUCACAGCAAGACUACAUGGAAAUGCCCUACACCAUGCGUAGAAACAUGCAGUACCGCGUUGGAGAGCCCCGGUACCCCCUUGCCCAAACCACCGUCGACGACCUUGCCCACGACUCCGAGUACCGCGAUCAGGUCGCAUCCUUGACUUCUGAUGCCACCGCUUCGCCGCCGUUAGACGAGGCCCAAACUCCCCUCGAGACGCCCUCCGAGUACAUGCUUUCGCCAAUGCCCGCCACGUCCCCUAUGGAGUUCCCGCUAUUCUCGCCCUCCCCUCGGCGCGUGGGCCCACCUCGGACCAAGAGCUGGAGAUCGGAGAUUGGCGAAGACGGCAGCCUCAAGAGGGCUAGUCGUCGAUCCUCUGCCCGCUCUGGUCGGUCACUUUCGUCCAUGUCGCCGGCUGCCUCCUUCCUGGCGCGCUACAAAGCCACCGAGGCCCCUAUCAAAGCGCCUGAGCCAGAUGAUGAAGGCCAAGGCAUCGGGUACGACAGCGAGUACAUUAUUGGAAAGCAGAUUGGCUAUGGCGGCUUUAGCGUUGUCAAGGAGGUCACAAGCAUGGAGAAUGGGAAGCCUGUCACCGAUGCUGUAAAGAUUGUGCGCAAGUUGCAACAGGACAAAUCAGAACUUGAGAACGAACAGAUUCAGACACAAUUCGAUCACGAGGUGGAGAUCUGGCGCUUCCUGCGUCACCCUUAUAUUCUUCCUCUCCUGAGGGUUUACACCACCGACUACGCUACCUUCUGCAUCACUAGAUUGAACAAGGGUGGGACUCUUUUCGACUUGAUCCGCGACACACGCCGCCUCAAGAAGAAUGGUCUGCCAGCUCACUUGGUGAAGCGCUACGCGUACCAGCUAGCAUCGGCUAUGCGCUACCUGCACAACGACGUUCAGGUCGUACAUCGCGACAUCAAGCUCGAGAACUGCCUUCUUGAUAUGACGGUAGCUGAUGCUGAGAGGGACGGCGGCGAUCUUCUGCUUUGCGAUUUCGGCAUGGCAGACUUUAUUGUUAGCGACCAGCGUGACGGCCCCGAGCCCCACUCGAUUGGUGAGAAUCAGAACAUAGGCCCCGCAGAGACUAGCACGUCUAUCGCCGGCAGUCUGCAAUAUGCGGCUCCUGAGCUGUUCAACGCACCUGGGCCAGUCUUCUCCCCUGCGGCGGACAUUUGGGCGUUUGGUGUAGUUGUGUUCGCUCUACUUACCGCGACUCUACCUUUCAAUGACGGUCUGGACAUCAAGACGAUUGAGAAGAUCCGAAAUUGCGAGUGGGAUGCGGAGCUCGUCCGUAAUGCAGAGGCAGCCCAAGUAAGCAACAUCGACGACGCCCUCGCACUUGUCAGGGGCUGUCUCGAGGUCGAUGUUGAAAAGCGCUGGAAUGUCCAUGACAUUUUGGAGUGCGCGUGGCUGCGCGAAUGCGAGCAACGCUUCGAGCAUGUGGUUCGCCCUUGGGUCGCUGAGUCAUGAAGCGAUGAUUAUAUUUUGUACGAGUAACGUUUGGUGUUGGUUGGGCCGGUUUGCGUUACAUCCUUGGAUACCCGGUUCACAUUGCGUCUCUUUUCUUUGCUUAUAUUUCGCCCUUGGUUUUCUCUUAUCAUCGGGCAUUUUGCGAUUCGGUCACUUCCGUUGGCUUUUGGAUACCCUACGCUGUUCUUCCACUCACGAUCCUGCUUUUGCUGGCGUUCUUCUUCACGAGAGGUCAGCCAGUCUCACGAUACAUUGUACUCUAUUUGGCCCCCUGAUGCGCGUGGUCUUUACCAUGGAUCCUAGCAUUUGUCAUGCCUGUAGGCGACAACUAGCGGCUUAUGCGACCUCAUAUUUUGAUGAGCAUCUACAAUGAAUUAUCACUACUCAUAA